AUGAUUGCCGAACACCAAUCCACCCUGCUCGAGCUAGCAAGAGAGGUCCAGCAGUUGACAAUUAAGAUCGUCGGUGAUUUGACCGACAAGAAAGUGCCGGAGCCUUCGUUCGCCAUCGAUUCUGACACUAUCCCCGAAACUCCGGAACAGAUCAACUUGCGCGCUUGUCUUAAUGAUGCUGCCCGUGACCUGCUACGUCUCGUCAACGGUCCCAGAAACGAUGCACGCACGUUCGUAUGCUAUCUGUAUGACUUGGCUGCCUGGCAGGUAGCAUGCGAGUUCAACUUCUUCGAGGCUAUCCCAGAAGAUGGAUCAGCGACCAUCAAAGAGAUUGCUGAGAAGGCCGGUAUGGACGAAGACCGCGUCGGUCGCUUUCUCCGAAUGCUCUCUUCCGAUCGCGUGUUCCAAGAGGUUGAGCCGGAUGUGUUCAAGCACACAUCGAGAAGCGUACUCUACUUGAAGGACAAGCAGUGGCGCGAUGUGAUGCAUUACCAACUAGAUGAAUUCUUUAGGGCAGCUUCUGAGACCUCCGAGAGUAUCAAAGAGUCGCCAACGGUCACUGAUGGGAAAAGAAACGCCUUUGUGACACGACACGGUGUCGAUCUCUUCGGGUACUACAAGCAAGAUCCCAAGCGAGCAGCUCGCUUUGCAAGCGCAAUGGCCGGCGUAUCCAGGCUUGAGAGGCACUUUGACAACCUCAAGGAGAGCUUUCCAUGGGACAAAAUCAGUGGCCGAAAGGUCAUUGACGUUGGAGGCGGAAGUGGCCACAUGAGCGUCAAUCUUGCUCGGACUUUCCCCAACCUUGAGCUCAUCGUGCAGGACUCGCUGACUAUGCUGUCGUCCGCCUCGCAGAACGACUUCUCGGAUCUCAACGGACGCGUCACAUUCAUGCCUUAUGACUUCUUCACUAGACAGCCAGUAUCAGGUGCAGCAGCGUAUCUGCUACGAUAUAUCACCCAUAAUUGGAGUGACGAAGACUGCAUUCGCAUUUUCAGAGCACUGGUGCCUGCCUUGGAGAAGAGUCCCGCUGGGACUCCAAUACUGAUCAACGACGUCGUCAUGCCAGCACUUGGCGAAGCCUCCAGAUACCAAGACAACCGCAUGCGCCAGGUCGACAUUAUGAUGAUGUUGGUCCUCGGAGCCAAACAGCGAUCAGAGGAACAAUUCCGUCGGCUUCUCUCCGACGCCGACCCGCGACUCAAGAUCAAGGCCAUUCACGGCAAAGGCAACAUGAGCCUGAUCGAGGCAUAUCUUGAUACUGAGGGCGCUGGAGAAGCGCCUAGAUCGGCUGUUGCUGGGGGCUCGGCUACUGCGUCUUCCACGGACCAACUGCAAGAAGACCCAGCUUUGGCAAGCAGCAAGCGCACCGGGUCUCGUAUGUAA